ACCGGAAGCGGCUCUCGGUCCCGCGUGACGUCAUCCGCAGGCGCCGCACGGUGCCGGUAGCCCGGUUCCGCCCCCCUCCCCCCCCCAUGAGCCGCCGCCGCCGCCUCCUCUGCGAAACCUUCGAGCCCAAGAGGCGCCGCCUGGAGCCGCCGCGGGGGGGGGGGGAGCCCCAGCCCGACGGCAGCCCCGGGGCGGUGGAAGCGGCGCUGCGGGACGUGGCGGCUCUUUUCCCGCGGGGGCUGUUCGGGGAUUCGCUGCCCCCCCUGGUCCUGCGCCAUCAGCUCUACAGCCUGGUCAGCGACCGCACCGCCGUGGACCGGCACCUGAACCGCCUGAGGGCCGAGGGCCGGAUCCGGCUGCUGCACCUGGGGCUGGGCGCCGACACGCUGGGGGUGGUCUCCACGGAGCCCUACAAGGAGAAGGGGCUGGCGGCCGUGGCCGGGACCCCCCGCGCGGGGCUGGUGCGGCGUUUCCUGGACGCGGCGGUGGCCGCCUGCCCCGAGCUGAGCUACGAGCAGGGCCGGCUGCGGGCGCUGGGCUUCGGGGACACGGACGUCACGGCGCCGGGCGCUGCUGGGCCUGGUGCGUCGCUCACGGCACCGGGAGGUUCCUCUGGGGGAGCUGCGGCAGCGAAGGGCCCCCCCGGGCGCCCGCCUGGGGGUCGGGUACCUCCUGCACGACCUGCUGGGGGCCCAGCUGCUGCGCAGCGUCCCCACCCCCUCGGGGCCGAUGCUGCGAUUGGCCGAGACCUGACCGGACGUUUCCCAGCGUGCAACGGGGCCUGGCGGACCAAGGGGGCGUGGCCUCGGCUGGCCACGCCCUCCGCGAGGGGCGGGGCUGAGGUUCGCCCUCGGGUGGUGCGGGAGCAGCUGCUGUGGGUGAGCGGGGAGGGGCGCGGGGGGGUGCACACCUUUCGGGUGCCCCUGGUGAGCGUCACCCCCGGGGGGGCCCUGCUGGCCUGCGCAGAGGGGCGCAAGCGCUCGGCCGCCGACGUGGGGGCCAAGGUCAUCGCCUGCCGCCGCUCCCCCGACGGAGGCGCCACGUGGGGUCCCACGCGGGUGGCGGCAGACGACGGCUCGGCGGGGGAUGGGCUGAGCCUGGGGGCGCUGGCGGUGGCGGGGGGGGAGGUGCUGCUGCUCUUCGCCCGCUGCGCCCACCCCCCCCAAGCCUGCGGCCCCCCCAGCACCCAGCUCCUACGCAGCCGCGACGACGGCCGCUCCUGGGGACCCCCCCAAAACCUUUCGGGGGUCGUCGGAAAUGAAGUUUUCGCCCCCGGACCCGGUUACGGCAUCCAGAAGCAGCGGGCGCCGGGACGGGGGCGCCUGGUGUUCUGCGGCCACGGGACGCUGGAGCGGGACGGGGUGUCGCUGCUGCUGAGCGACGACGGGGGGCGGCGGUGGCGGCGGGGGGGGGCUCUGCCCGCCAUCCCCUUCGGGGUCCCCCGGCGCCCGCGGGACUUCACCCCCGACGAGUGUCAGCCCUACGAGCUGCCCGACGGCUCCAUCGCCGUCAACAUCCGGAACCAAAAUUCCUUCCGGUGCCGGUGCCGGAUGGUGGCGCGGAGCUGGGACGGGGGGGAGACGCUGCCCCCCGCCGCCGUCACCUUCCAGCCCGCGUUGGUGGAUCCAGCCGUGGCGGCCGGCGUCCUCGUCACCCGCGGCCUCGUCUUCUUCAGCAACCCGGCGCACGAGAGCCAGCGGGUGAACCUGACCCUGCGCUGGAGCUUCACCAACGGCACCACGUGGUGGGGGCGGGGCCUGCAGGUGUGGGCGGGGCCCAGCGGGUAUUCCUCGAUGGCGGCCCCGCCCCCUGACGCCCAGGGCGACGCCCCCCUCCUCUACCUCAUCUACGAGAAGGGGCGGAACCUCUCUACGGAGACCGUCUCAUUGGCCACCAUCAGCAUCGCUGGUGACCUCUGACCCCGCGACCAGGAGGAUCAAUAAAGUGAUUGGCUCAGCCCA